AUGAAAGAGGUUAAAUCUUCAACAUUUUACCUUAUUAUUUGUUCCUUUAAGGCAUUUGGACCUCCAACCGCCUACCAUGGACCAUAUACAUUCUUCAAUCAGGUGCAAAUUGUUUCCUUUGUGCCAUCCACAAGUGGUGCAGCAUCACCACCGCCACAGGGAUUAAAUCCUUCGCCAAUUUUUGCGCAGGAUCCCACCACGAAGCAUUCACAGCAGAAUAACAAUAUAACGACACGCAGAAAGAAUGCCAUCCGUCGAUGUGAUGCCGUGGUGGCAAGUGAGGAGAAUCGCCGGAUAUCAGUGCUUAAGCUGGGCGACUGUAUCCCCGUACGUCCGUGGAGUGAUCAGCAAAUUGUGUGCCUCGCAGAGAUUCGUAUGGUGUGGCGGGAUCGCAAUGAGCAGUGCCUCCUAAUUGGGCUACGACUGUACUUUGUACCCGAGAAUACCCCAAUGGGGCGCACAACGCAUGGGGAGGAUGAAGUUGUUGCCAUUUCGGAUCGUGUUGUAAUUAAGGGGGAUGAUCUCCUUUCGUGGCUCGAUGCGAGUCUCCAGUGGAAUUGGGGUUUUCGCAUUGACAGAUCCAUGCAACACAGCAACAUGCCCCGUGAUGAGGGCACCGCUGUGCCUUGUGUCGCUGUAAUUAGCUUCUCCAAGUACUGCCGCUUUCGUGCCCUCAUGAAGCGUAUGGAGAACAUUGAGAAUGAAUGGCUCAAGAGGAGUCUCAUAGAGGCACUCGGGGGUAAUGCCGUGGAUCCCACGUGUAGUCGUAUUGUCUUCUGCCGCGAAACAUUUGACUACCCCGAAUUGGAGACGCAUGAAUUGCUGUGCAAUCAUUUGGCGCCAAAAUUGAAAGGACGACCACGUGGGAGGAGGAAGAAGACAUCCGGGUCAGAGGGUCAUCAGGGUGGUAAAUAUGGGGAUACGAGUGAUUCGGAAUCAGCGGCUGAGUCUGAGUCUUCCAGUUGUUCCUCGAAGAUGAAUUACGCAAAGGCCAAGCUUGAGGUGCAACACCUGAGAUAUAGUCAGAGGAGUCAGCGGGUACGACUGAAAACGGAACAGAGUACCGAAGUACCGGAGAACGAUGGGGAGAUAAGUGAGGAAAAGCAAAAGGCAAUGAAGGAGAAAGAAAGGAAAUUCCUUAUGGAACUUCAUCAAUUUAUGGCCGAGAGGAAGACUCCCAUUUCGAAGGUUAUGUGGCUGAGCUUGAGGCGAGUAAAUCUGUACGACAUUUACACAAGAGUACAGGAAUUUGGGGGCUACGAGACAGUGAGUGUUAAUCGUCUGUGGAAGGCACUGAAGAGGAAUAGCCCCGGAUUGACACACAACAAGUACGAGAAGGUACUGCUGCCAUUUGAGCUGCAUCAGCGUAGCCUCCAGGAAGCCGAGGAAGCGUGCAAGAGGGAAAAGCUCGAAUCGGAAGAGGAUGAACGUGGGAAGGAAGAUUCAGCACCAAAUGGCCAAAUUGUGGGUCCACAGAAGACCAUAAAGGUGGAAAAGGUUGAGCCGGAGCUGAGUAAGGAGCAAAUGACGGAGAUUCAGAAUAAAGUGAAGGCCAAGGAGCAGAAGCAGCAUCAACAGCAGGGAAAGGAGUGCCAGAAGAUGCAGGUAUCGGUGCCGGUCACCGUCAUUGUUGGAUCAACUCCUGGGCAUGAAGAAGUGAAAACCACAACAUCAUCAAAGCAGAUACAAAUUCAACAACCACGCACCACAAUCACGGUCCAUCAGACAACAAUUCACCCACAGGUGUCAGGUAGUGGCAAUACGACGAAGAGUAGCAGUCAGCAGAUUACCAAUCAAAUUCAGAUUACAAAUGAGAUUAAGAUUCAGCAGAUAACACUGCCCAAGGGGGCAAAAUCCAGCGAUUCAAGUGAUAAUGGCGAUGAGCACGGGAGUGCAAAGGGCCUCCGGCAUAUACGUGUAAAGUCAAAUGGGCGAAAAUUCCCGGAAAAUGUCCCAACGAUUGAUUUACGCGACAGCGAUGAAGAGGUGAUGAUUAAUCCGAGAGUUAGUGCCAUGUACCCACCCAUACGUAAGAGGAAAUUGGAUAUUUUACGUGAAGGUGGCUUGGAGGUGACACCCAUUAGGUCCAGGGAUCCCAUUCCACCGCUUAAGCAGCCACGCAUGGAGGCACGAAGUGAGCAGAGGGAGCAGCAGCAAAGUGUCUUCCGGAAGGUUGAGAAUAUUCCCAAAUUCCAGUCAAAAUGCAUGUUUACGCAGUCUGGGAAGAUUUUUGGGAAUCCCAAGGAGAAUGUUUCACAGCGUGCCACGAGUGUGGGUGGUGGUGGUGGUGGUAGUAGCAGCAGUACGACUGAGGUGUUGGAUUUAACGGCCAAAAAGGGAAGCAGUGAGACUGGACGUAGUGGGAGGAAUCAUCAUAUGGGGAAUUUAGCGAGUAUCGUACCAAAUUUCCCGGCUCUUGCUAAUCCCAAUCUCAUGAUAUCCUUCGUGCCACCUGCUAUGCCCAAUUUAAAUGACAAUAAGGCAGCACUAAACUAUGGGAAUUUCUUGCCACAUAUGCUCGCUGAGGCGGCCAGAAUGCCAGGAUUUGGACUACCGGUAGCACCCCCAGGUGGUGGUGCCCCAACGCAUCCACCUCUAAAUUUCCCCCAACUACCACCGGGGCUAACUAUUGCCAAUCUGGCUGAACUCAAUGCAGCCAACAUGAAUCCCUACCUAAUGUCCUACAUGUAUGGCUCGGAGGGAUUCCUACGACCACCAUUCUUUGAUGCUACGAGCAAAAAUGGCAAAUAAGCCAACAUCGUGUCCAUAUUAUGCUGUGAUACGACGCUAUAUAAAUGGAGGGUUCCUCACCGCCCCCAAUGCCGCAAAAUUUGGUUUCCAAAAGAAAAGAAAAUGAGUAAACCACCCAAAAUAUUCGUACGUGUUUUGUCCGUGAUGAAUUUAAUAUAAAUGAAGAAAAAAAUACAUCUAGUGUAGAAAUUCUGUGUGCUUAUUGGGAAGAUAAUAUUCUUUACAAUCUAAAGAUUAAAAAAUAAAUAAAAUGAUGGAUUAUAAAAUAUAAAAAAAAUCAUGUAUAAGUGGAAUUUAUGAAGUAACAUAAAUCUUUGUUUCAUACAUCAUUAUUCUAAAUGUAAUAAUUGUGGAAAAAAAUGUGAGGAAUUUUUUUUGAAGAAAAAAAAUACAAAGAAAGUAAA